AUGCGCGAAUCCCAACCACCACCCAUUUUCGUUGCGCCCUUACGGAUUCGCAAAGGUAAUGGCUAUGACGAGGAUGAUAUGUCCGAGAACAACUCUCGACCACCCGCAUUUGGUGCCGAUCCUCACGACGAGCAACCCUCCAGUCCGACAAGAUUCCACAACUAUCUGAGAGCCUUGUAUCCAUUCCAGCCCACCUCCCCUCACUCCUCCACAACCGUCACCUUACCUUUAAAUGCGGGAGACAUUAUUCUAAUACAUUCAAUACAUGUCAACGGGUGGGCCGAUGGAACUCUCCUCGAUACCGGAGCUCGAGGUUGGCUUCCCACCAACUAUUGCGAAGGUUACGAUUAUGCUGCUGUGCGUCCCCUGCUCAGGGCUCUCACCGAAUUCUGGGAUAUGGUUCGAUGUGGAGGCGAUUCGAACAUCAAUCUGUUCCGCAAUCAAGAUUACAUGCGAGGCUUGGUUGCUGGAGUUCGUGCCUUGUUGGAAAAGUCCGAAUGUUUAACUCGCGAUUCAGCCUUGGUCAAGCAACAUGAAGACAUCCGGCGGACUCGGAAGAGUCUCCUAUCAGAUCUCGCCCUGCUUGUACGCACAGCAAAACAGCUCCAGCAGGUCAUCUUGGCAACACAGACCCAUACAGACCUUGACAUCAGGCUCGAUGACAUGCUGCUCAAGGCCUUCCGAAUAGUCACAAGAGCGGUUCUAUUCUUUGAUGUAUGGAGCGAACAAGUUGCUGGUGAAGCUUCCAGCCCAACCAGACAACUCGAGUCUUCACCUGAGCGAUUACAGCGAACCUCAUCUACCUUUUCCAAACCGUCCAAACCGAACACGAACAGAAUCUCUGGCUCCGGUCCAGACUUAUCAAAAAGAAGUAGCAUGAGCUCCCCUGGAAAAUCGACCCCGGUCAAACGUCGGUCUUCAGUCACCCACCGCAUGUCCUAUUCCAACAAGAACAACCAGAAGAACCCUAAUCUGAUAUCCGAGCUACUUCACAGAUCAUAUGAUGACUUCCUCACUGUUCUGGCCUCUUUCCUGGGUUCGCAUAUGCAGUCGCGUUCUUCCUCGGAACUCCUUCUCACAACUCAAAAUGCUGUCAGAUCCUGUCGACAACUCUUUACUGUUGUCGAGGCAGUCAUUGAUAGAGAUCAUAGUACGUCUAGGCCUUUGGUUCAAGCCAAAGACUCAAUGUAUUAUGCAAUCACCGAACUGGUACAUGCCGCCCGACAAGUUUUCAAACCUCUGCAUUCCAUCGAGGAUGACUUGGUCUAUUUGCCUGAAGAGGCGCAUAACCUAGUCCAAGCUGCCACAGCCUGCGUUAGUGCCGCAGGUCGAUGCGUGGCAAGGACGAAGGCCACACUUGAAGAGAUUGGUGAUUUCGAGAUCGAAAACCUUGGCCAACUUCUUGGGAGAAACUCAGAGGGCUCUAGUACUCCCGAAGCGAGCUCCCAAGGUCGUCAUUCGAAUCCAAAUCAGACUCUCUCGGCCCAGACACAGGCUUCUGGACAAACUGGAAGGUACUCCAAAAUCACCCCACGUAUAUCUAUCACACAUGGGAUGCAAACACCUCCACUUUCUGCCAAUACCGCAGACUCUCCAUCUACCGCUUUCGGUAGUGUGCCUCCCACUCCAAGGGACGAUGUUAUGGUCGAUAUUAUUCGAUCUUCACCACUUGCUCCAUCUGUAUCUCCAGAGCCCAAGUCAACCGUGCUCAGGCCCAGCUUUGAAAGAUCAUUGACAGAGGUCAAACAGCAGAAGCCAUCCCACCGCAUCGUGGCAGGAAGCACCAGCAGUGAAAGCAGUUUCGACCAUCAAAGUCAAAGGUUAUCGGAUCCCAGCAACCUUUCGAGUGCCUCAACUCGGGUCACCUCGGUUGGCGAUACUAAUCAUAGCUUCCAAGACUUUACAUCGUCCCCGUCCGUUCCUGAUGAUUACACCCAUCUGCCAGAUGAUGAAGUGGUGGAGGCUGAAAUCCUUACAAAUACAUUUGUUCAAGAGCUUGUCUUCAACAGAGAGGGCACUAUUGUUGGAGGCAGCUUGAAUGCAUUGGUCGAGCGGCUUACGGCACAUGACUCGGCACCUGAUGUGACAUUUAUCACAACCAUCUACUUAACCUUUCGUCUUUUUGCCAAACCCGAGGAAUUUGCUCAAGCUCUUGCUUAUCGAUUCGAUUACAUUGGGCAGACUGUGACUAUUGCGAAUCCAGUUCGCUUGAGAGUGUACAAUGUCCUUAAGGGAUGGAUGGAAUCGCAUUGGAGGCAUGAUGCGGACGAUACUGCUCUUCCCGUUAUUGUCGGGUUCGCAAGAGAGUCUCUUGCUCCGGUUCUUCCACAGGCGUGUAAGAGAAUACUGGAAUUGGCUGAGAAAGUCUCGUCAGCCAGUGUUCAAGAGGUUCCGCGAGUUCUCUCAAUUAUGGGAAAGACCAGCACUUCGUCAGCUACAUACAUCGAUCCAAGCUCUCCCUUGCCUAUGCCGAUCAUCUCCAAAAGCCAACUGGCAGCUCUCAAAUCAUGGAAACACGGAGGCCCAUCUGUCAGCAUUCUUGAUUUCGAUCCUCUCGAGCUCGCCCGACAGAUCACUUUGAAGGCGUCGAAAAUAUUCUGCUCAAUUCUUCCCGAAGAGCUUCUGGCUACUGAAUGGACUAAGCGCACAAGCUCUCUUGCGGUCAAUGUUCGCGCAAUGUCAACGCUUUCUACCGAUAUCUCGAAUCUCGUUUCUGAUUCGGUGCUGCAAUUGGAGGAGCCCAAGAAACGUGCAGCCAUUAUCAGACAGUGGGUCAAGAUCGCAAACAAGUGUCUUGAAUUACAUAAUUUUGACACUCUCAUGGCUAUUGUGUGCUCCCUAGAUUCCACCAAUCUUAAAAGAAUGAGGAAGACUUGGGAGGCAGUACCCCAGAAGACAAAGACUGUUUUUGACGACCUUCGCAAAGUUGUUGACAUUUCGCGCAAUUAUGCAGUCUUACGGCAGCGUGUUUCUGCACAGUUGCCUCCUUGCUUGCCAUUUAUCGGUGUGUACUUGACAGAUUUGACCAUGGUGGACUCGGCAAAUCCAUCCACGAGGCCGUUGGCCAAUGAUGAUAGUAAAAUGACGGUCAUUAAUCUUGAUAAGCAUAUCAAGACUGCCAAAAUCAUCUCUGCACUGCAGAAGUAUCAGAUCCAGUAUCGAUUCACCGAAGUUUCUGAACUGCAAACUUGGAUGCAGGAUCAAUUGAUUCGAGUGAGAUCUGCCGGAGACAAAAGUUUUCAUCUCCACUAUCGACGAUCUUUGAUAUUGGAACCAAAAGAGCAAGGGAAAAGUCCUAAUCCCGAAAAUGCCGGUGGGAAGGACAAGGAGAAGUUUGAUUUUCUGAACUGGACACACCUACUUCAGAAGGAAAAGUCUGUUCCAGUCACAGGAUAA